GCUUCACAAAAGACGGAACUGCUGAACAAGUUAGCUUAUACAGCUAGCUAGCUAGCUAGCAUGAUGAAUCCCCUUUGCAUAGAACAAGAUGCUUUGAGAACGUGAAGUUAUGGUAAAGACAUGUACUGUCUUUGGUAACUGUGUCGUGUCACCUCACCUGCUCCACUUGAAUGCAAACGUAACAUUGUAUCUAUUGUCGUUCAGUCUGCUUCAUACGAUAGCUACAUCCAGCUCCCAUUGCUGGUGAAGCGUUCAUGAUGCAUCCUCCUGAACGGCCUGGGGCGUCCCCAGCCCCAUGGCAGCAGGCAGCCUCUGCCCUCCAGGGCACCCUCUGCACCAGACCACUGCGGGGUCUCCUCCAGCUAGCCAUGCCCUCCCUGGGCCUCCUCCCCAGGGUCCAUGCAGCUGACAGUGUUGUGCCAGCCCCGGUACAGAUCCCCUCCCCCCUGCCCAGCCUCGUGGGCAAGCCAGAGUUCCCAGACACUGGAUGGGACCGCAUCAAGGAUCUUUUCGACAGGGAUGAAAUGCAGAAGUAUCCUGAGGAGCUCUCCAGCGUGGUGAAGAGUACCUUAGCUGCCGCCUUGGCCGGCAUGAUCUACGGAGGGUUGCCCGCCGCCCGGCAUGCCAGGGAGAGGUUCAUCCAGCUCCACCAGGCUGAGAUAUACCACAGCCGAGUGGAAGCUGUGCGUUCUGCCCAUAACGCAGCCAUCCGGGGCUUUGUGCGGUACGGCUGGAGGUGGAGCUGGAGAGUAGCAGCCUUUGUCACAUUAUUCAACACUGUGAGCACAGGCCUGUCUGUGUACAGAGAUAAGUAUACCCUCAGCCACUACGCAGCAGCAGGAGCUGUGACAGGAGGCCUAUUCAGGCUGAACCUGGGUCUUGGGGGACUGAUGGCAGGCACGGCCAUAGGAGCAACCAUGGGGGUGCCGGCAGGAGCUCUGAUCAUUGCCAUGCAGGGAUUGGCGGGAGAAACGGUCCGGGAGAGGAGGAGGAGGGAGCGCAGGGAGCUGUAUGAACUAAAACUGGCAGAAUGGAGUGCCCGUUUGCAGUUGACGGAUGACCUGAUUGGUGAUUUGAGCAGCAGUGGGCGGAUCCAGGAUGUAGACCAGGACAUACAGAAGAUCCAGGAGCUGCUCAGUUUACCACGGAACGAGGGCGUGGCCCAGGACUCUGACAGCCAUUGACAGCAGCUGAAAUACUCUAACUGAUACCAAUCAUAGCCAUCCUCACAGACAGACAAUGGUGGGUGAGACUUUCCUCACCUCAGAGGACAUACUGGUUUCUUUUGAUGUUGACUACUCUAUUCUAUGUUCUGUUGAAUAGAAAAGAGGACCUACUUAUUCGCUCAACAAAAUAUGUAUUGAUGCUGAAUUAUGAUUUAUACUGUAAAUGUGAUUACUUUGUCUGGAACUUUUAAAUGAUUUCCUACAUAUUUAAUAUAAAUGGCAAUAAUGACAACAGUA